UGGCCAGCGCGGGUCACGUGGUGCGCGUGUCCCCGCGUCCCCUCGCACGGGCGCUCGCGCCGCUCCGCCCGGGCCCGGUCCGGUCCGGUCCCCAUCCCCAUCCCGAUCCCAUCCCCAUCCCGAUCCCAUCCCGAUCCCCAUCCCGAUCCCCGGGCCCGCUACUGCCGCUGGCGGCCUCGAUGGCGGAAAGCGGCGCCUGGCUGCUGGUGCUCAGCGCCGUGUUCCUCUGCAACGCGCUCAAGAUCCUCCUGCCCUCCUGCUCCUCCAUCAUAUUCAGACUGUUACAGAAGGAUGCAGAGCAGGAAUCYGAGAUGAGAGCUGAGAUCCAGACCAUGAAGCAGGAGCUUGCCACCAUCAGUAUGAUGGAUGAGUUUGCCAGAUAUGCCCGGCUGGAAAGAAAGAUUAACAAAAUGACUGACAAGCUCAAAACACACGUGAAAGCACGAACUGCCCAAUUAGCCAAAAUAAAGUGGGUUAUUAAUAUUGUAUUCUACAUACUGCAGGCUGCCCUGAUGAUCUCUCUGAUCUGGAAGUACUAUUCAGAGCCAGUCACGGUGCUUCCAAGCAAAUGGUUGGCGCCCUUAGAGCGCCUGGUGGCCUUCCCUACAGGAGUGGCAGGAGGUGUGGGAAUUACCUGCUGGCUCGUGGUCUGCAAUAAAGUUGUAGCUAUCCUGCUGCACCCUUUCAGCUGAAGGAAUCCCAGUAAUCCACAGAGUCMUCAACUGCAUUUGCAUUGUCACUCUUUUAAAUUAAUUUAAAAGAAAAGGGACAAUUGUCUUUCAUGGGAYGAGGUUUGAGACAAUCCUUGUUACUCCAUUUGGAUAUCAGUCAGYUUUCCUUUUGAUUUCUCUUUCCAGAGUUUGUCUUUCAGUUAGGAAAGAACAGCAUUGCUGGAUAUAGAACUUCAUUUUGGGUCUGCUCAUGGCAGAACCAUAAGGUUUUGUCAUGGCCUGUUGUCACCAACAUCUAMAAGUGUUGGAUUUAUGGUUUUAAAUUGGAAAUGCACUGGCAUUAGGAAUUUGGGAGUUUCUUUGCUGUAAAAUGUGGUAGUUUCACCCCAAGGURGGAUCCUGUUUGGUGGUUCAAGAGGGCAGAGGGAGGUGGUUUGGUUGGCUGAGGGCAAAACAAAGUUUUCUUGUGAUUUUUUUACCCCAUAAUUGGAAUAUUCUGUGUCUGUCCAAAAGAAAAUAGAUAUGUUUAAUCAAUAUUUUAUCUCUUUAAGAGGCUCCUUCAGCUGCCAAAGGCAGGCUCCUGUCAGUAAAGCAGGAKACAGUGCUGUUCCUGCAGAGGUGAUGCAGAUUUAGCUUCCCACUCUGKAAUUCCCACAGAGGAAUGAUCUGUUCUGUUAUUCCAAGGCCUUUUUCUCCCUGCAGGAAGGAGGGGGGCAUGACCCCUCCAAAAUUAGCACUGCCUUUAAAAACCAGUUCAAAAGGUUGUGUUAUGUUUUGUGUAUAUAUGGAUUAAAUGUUUUGUUUGUUUGUUUGUUUGUUUUAAUGUUAAUUUAAAAAAUGGAAUUUUAUAUUAGGCAUUGCAUUUAGCCAACAUGAAAAAAAUACCAAGGAAAGAAAAUGGAAUUGAAUGUUAUUCUAUAAAUGUGAUUUUAUUAAGGAAAUAAAGCUUUUCAACCCACAUCAGGUUUUC